AUGCCACACCAGGCUCCAGAGGAUAUCCUUUGGGUUAAUUUGUGGCGCCAAACCCUCACAUACUCUCUCCUCCAAAGUCCAAACCCACAAAUCCCAAACACCAUGACUCUCUGCAACUGCAACCCACUUCUCUCCAAAACCCCACUCUUCUCACUCCCAUUUCAUCCCACCACCAAAACCCAACUCCCCAUUUCCUCGCUUUGCUGCUCAGCAAACCCCUCCUCUGUCCCUGACUCCAAUCCCAGCACCAACAGCAGCAACAUUGACACCAACAAUGGCGGCGGUGGGCCCAAGAAGAAGCUUUCAGACCAGUCCUCGUGGGAGGCCAAGGACUCCGAGGGAAACGACUACUUGUACAGGUUGGGCAAAGAGGCCGACAACAUGAACAUCGCCGUCGGAGCCCGGGCGGGCCUCGUCGACGACCUCUUCGUCGGCAAGUUCCUCGGCCGAGACUCUGAUAUUGUGUUUGAUUAUCGGCAGAAGGUCACCAGGUCCUUUCAGUACCUUCAGGGCGAUUAUUACAUUGCGCCUCUGUUCAUGGAUAAAGUUGUUUGCCAUAUUGCGAAGAACUACCUUGCUCAUCUUCUCAAUACUAAAGUUCCUUUAAUCCUAGGUAUUUGGGGAGGUAAAGGACAAGGAAAAUCAUUUCAGACUGAACUUAUUUUCCAAGCCAUGGGAGUUGAACCUGUAAUUAUGUCUGCCGGGGAAUUAGAAUCAGAAAGAGCUGGAGAACCAGGAAAACUGAUACGCGACCGCUAUAGAACUGCCUCUCAAGUGGUCCAGAACCAAGGCAAGAUGAGCUGCUUGAUGAUCAAUGACAUUGAUGCUGGCCUUGGUAGAUUUGGAAACACUCAAAUGACAGUCAAUAAUCAAAUCGUUGUUGGAACAUUGAUGAAUCUAUGUGAUAAUCCUACAAGAUCAACAAUUUAUGCUCCCUUAAUCCGUGAUGGAAGGAUGGAAAAGUUUUACUGGCAGCCUAACCACGAGGAUAUCAUUAAUAUUGUUUACAGAAUGUAUGAGAAAGAUGGCAUGUCUAGGGAUGAAGUUGUAAGUAUAGUGGACACUUUUCCUAAUCAAGCACUGGAUUUCUAUGGAGCUUUGAGGUCUCGAACAUACGACCGGUCAAUUUCUAAGUGGGUUGAAGAUAUUGGAGGUGUUCAAAGUCUGGGAGACAAACUUCUAAAGCGAAGAAAAAAUGACAACCUUCCUGUGUUUACUCCUCCAAAGCAAACCAUUGAGGCUUUACUUGAAUCGGGCUAUUCUCUGAUCAAAGAACAGCAAUUGAUAAUGGAGACUAAACUUUCAAAGGAAUACAUGAAGAACAUGGAUGACUAG